AUGCCUGUUUCCGUUCCCAAGUCCACCAGUCUCCAUGAGCUCUUCUCGUUGAAGGGCAAGGUCGUCAUCGUCACAGGUGCAUCCGGUGCCACUGGCAUUGGCACCGAAGCAGCUCGUGGUUGUGCUGAGUUCGGCGCCGACGUUGCCAUCACCUACAGCUCUCGUCCUCAAGGUGGUGAGAAGAACGCAAAGGAGAUCUCGGAGAAAUAUGGCGUCAAGUGCAUCCCAUACAAGUGCAACGUCAACGACUACGCCGAUGUGCAGAAGCUCGUUGAGAGCGUCAUCAAGGACUUUGGCAAGGUCGAUGUCAUGAUUGCAAACGCUGGCCGCACAGCAAAUGCUGGCAUCUUGGACUCGAGCGUUGAGGACUGGAAAGAGGUCAUCGAUACCGACUUGACGGGUGUGCUACACUGCGCUAAGGCUGUCGGUCACCACUUCAAGGAACAAGGCAGCGGUUCUCUUGUCAUCACCGCCUCCAUGUCCGGUCAUAUUGCCAACUUCCCUCAAGAACAGACUUCCUACAACGUAGCAAAGGCUGGCUGCAUCCACCUUGCCCGCUCUCUUGCCAACGAAUGGCGCGACUUCGCACGUGUCAACUCCGUGUCCCCUGGCUACAUCGACACUGGUCUCUCGGACUUCAUUGACAAGAAGACUCAGGAUCUGUGGCACAGCAUGAUCCCCUUGGGCCGAGAUGCCAAGUACCGAGCUCAAGGGCGCAUACGUCUACUUCGCUUCGGAUGCCAGCUCGGGACAGGAAAGGAGUAUUGCGCGGUACCCACCAUCUGCCAGAAGGCUUACGGUCGUUGUGACUCCGAUGAAAUCCCCCCUGGACCACCUACGUCCGGCGACAAGCGUCCGUUGUUGUCUGGCCCGCCUAUCACACGCUGCACCCAGGCGGGCUCUGUGGCAAUCACUUUUGACGACGGACCCUCGAACAAUACAAACACAAUCCUCAAUCUUCUACGCGAGGCGGGCGCUACAGCUACGUUCUUCGUGACUGGCAACAAUAACGGGAAGGGCGAAAUCGACCUCUCUGAACAAUGGCGCGAGACCAUACAAGCCAUGGACGCAGAUGGUCACCAGAUAGCUUCCCACACCUGGACACACCCCGAUCUCGAUGCCCUCAGCUCUGAGGAGCGGAAAGUCGAGAUGUAUCGGAAUGAACGCGCCAUAGCCAACAUUCUCGGCCGCUACCCAACCUACAUGAGGCCUCCAUACAUCUCUUGCGGCGAAGACUGUGCCGAAGACAUGAAGGACUUGGGCUACCACAUCAUCAACUGGAGCGCAGACAGCGGUGAUUCGACAUUUCCAAACGACCUCGAGGCCAUGAAGCGCGCUGUGGACAUAGAGGUCGACAAAUGGGGCUCAGAUGGGGGCGCGAUCUUCGUACAGCACGACACCAUUCCCGUCUCUGCGCUACAGACGACCAAGUACAUACUGGAUUGGGUUGAGAAGCGGAACUGGAAAGCUGUGACAGUCGCGGAGUGCCUGGGAGAGCAAUUAACCACGGCAUACCGCAGCAAGGCGCCCGCUAGCAUAUCCAUAGACCAUCAGUAG